AUGAGGGCUACCGUCACUGCAGUCAGAUGGGGGUGCUUGUAUGCGCUCUUAAGCAGCGCCGUGCAGUGCGCCCAUGGGGCUGCGGACCAAAUCCCUCUCAAGACGCCGAACGCACCCAAGUCCGGCAAAACCAAAACCAUCAUCACUCCGGCUGUCUCCGACUUCGUUGAACGCAUCCUCCAUGUCUCGUCCAUCCCCGGGCUAUCUAUGGGCGUAGUCCGCCUCGGGGAAGACAAACAGCCUGUCGUCGAGCUCGCGACGUGGGGAAACAGGACGGAAGAAGACAACGGUGCCGACCUGACUUCUGACACCCUCUUCGCCAUCGCAUCGUGCUCAAAGGCAUUCUUGGUCACAUCGAUUGGACUCCUGAUCGACGACUUCGCGCACGGCCGCAACGUCACGCCUUUGCCUGCGGGCGCCCCGCCGCUCCAGUGGGACAGCAAGUUCUACGACCUGCUUCCGGGCGAACACGACUUCUCGUACGCACCGGGGGACACCACUGCGGACCUGCUUCGUCGGUUGAAGCACCUUUCGCCAGGGUUUGAGCUGCGCGAGAAGUGGGCGUACAACAACCAGGCGUUCAUGAUCGGACCGCACUUGAUCGAGAAGCUGUCGAACACAUCGUACCCUGACUUCGUCACUUCGCGGAUCCUCAAACCCCUCAACAUGUCCUCGACUUUCUUCUCUCCUUCCACAGCGAACGCGACCGGUCGUCUCACGCAGUCCUGGACGCGCGGGACGCGCAGAAUUCCAUUCGUCUUUUCCGAGGAAGCUUCAGCGUUGUUUGCCGGUGCGGGAGGCAUCAUCACAACCGCUGAAGACAUGGUUAAGUGGGUGACCAUGUUGCUCAAUGGCGGUGUCGACCCGUAUACGAACCAGACCGUCUUGCCGCCAUCGGUCCUCACGGAGAUGAUGACCGCUCGCGCGAUCGUCAGUGGUGAACCGCAAGGGCCGUUGGGCAUCAUGGGCUAUGGCAUGGGCUGGUUCCGGAUGGCGUAUCGCGGACAUGAUGUUGUUUGGCACUUCGGUGCCAUCCCCGGCUUCUCGGCCCUUGUUGCUCUCCUUCCCGCCGAAAACCUUGGCGUCGUUCAGCUCGUGAACAUGGAUGAGAAGCAGAACGACAACCUAGGCGUGCUCUUCCGGAUCAUCGACGAGGCGCUCGAUCUUCCUCCGCUGGACGGGGCCGCGACUCUCCCAGUGAACUUCCAGUAUACGACGGAUCUCACCGCGCACUCACCUCCCUCCACCACUAAGGACGGAGGCUCGUCCACUCAAGCUGGGCCCGACAUCGCCGCGUUCGCAGGCACGUACGAGGAUCCGGCCUACGGACGCAUCACCUUCUGCGCGCCCUCAUCGACGUCCAGCUACUGCGCCGCCGUCCUCGCCGACUUCGCGCCCAUCAUCGGCGCCUCUCCCAACUCCGACGUGCGCGCCAACGCCACAGACUCGAUCUACGCCGCGUGGCCCCGCGUCUGGUCCUCGCACGUCCGCAUGACGCGCUCGGCACCGUCGACGGCGACCACGACGUUCCGGGUGGUGCUCCCGAAGCUGUUCCCGCGGGGGUACGGCCGCGACGGGACCCCGUUCGAGUUCCAGGACAGCGUGAUGUCGGUCGGCCGCGCCGAGUUCGUCGUCGACGAGGAGAGCGGCGCGGUGGAGGGCUUCGCGCUCGUGACGGACGAGCUGGCCGCGGCGGGGCGGGGGGCCCGCGGAGCGGGCGUGCGGGAGGUUGGGGACGUGUGGUUCGUCAAGGUGGCAUGA